AUGGUGGGCGCUGUGCUUCCCGCAGGUCACAGCGGUGUGAACCAGCUCGGCGGGGUGUUCGUCAACGGGAGGCCGCUGCCCGACUCCACGCGGCAGAAGAUCGUGGAACUCGCUCACAGCGGCGCCCGGCCCUGCGACAUCUCCCGGAUCCUGCAGACCCAUGCAGAUGCAAAAGUCCAAGUGCUGGACAAUCAAAACGUGUCGAAUGGAUGUGUGAGUAAAAUUUUGGGCAGGUAUUACGAAACUGGCUCCAUCAGACCCAGGGCAAUCGGAGGUAGUAAACCGAGAGUAGCGACUCCAGAAGUUGUAAGCAAAAUAGCGCAGUAUAAACGAGAGUGCCCCUCCAUCUUUGCGUGGGAGAUUCGAGACAGAUUACUAUCAGAGGGGGUCUGUACCAACGAUAAUAUACCCAGUGUGUCGUCGAUAAACAGAGUCCUACGCAACCUGGCUAGCGAAAAGCAACAGAUGGGUGCCGACGGGAUGUACGACAAGCUAAGGAUGCUGAACGGGCAGACGGGGACGUGGGGCACCCGACCCGGCUGGUAUCCCGGCACCUCGGUACCCGGGCAGCCCACGCAAGAUGGCUGUCCGCAACAGGAGGGCGGAGGGGAAAACACUAACUCCAUCAGCUCUAAUGGAGAAGAUUCAGACGAGGCCCAAAUGAGACUCCAGCUGAAAAGGAAGCUGCAGAGAAAUAGGACAUCCUUUACCCAAGAGCAAAUCGAAGCCCUUGAGAAAGAAUUUGAGAGGACCCACUAUCCCGAUGUGUUUGCAAGAGAGAGACUAGCUGCUAAAAUAGACCUGCCCGAAGCAAGGAUACAGGUGUGGUUUUCCAACAGAAGGGCCAAAUGGAGAAGGGAAGAGAAGCUGAGGAACCAGCGAAGACAAGCCAGCAACACUCCCAGCCACAUUCCCAUCAGUAGUAGUUUCAGCACAAGCGUUUACCAGCCGAUCCCACAACCAACCACCCCCGUUUCCUCUUUCACAUCAGGUUCCAUGUUGGGCAGGACGGACACGGCGCUCACGAACACGUACAGCGCGCUGCCGCCCAUGCCCAGCUUCACCAUGGCCAACAACCUGCCUAUGCAACCCCCGGUACCCAGCCAGACCUCCUCCUACUCUUGCAUGCUGCCCACCAGUCCAUCGGUGAAUGGACGGAGCUAUGAUACAUACACCCCUCCUCACAUGCAGACACACAUGAACAGCCAGCCCAUGGGCACCUCUGGCACCACUUCCACAGGUCUCAUUUCCCCUGGAGUGUCAGUUCCAGUUCAAGUUCCUGGCAGUGAACCUGAUAUGUCUCAAUACUGGCCAAGAUUACAGUAAAACAUGUGUUAAUUCCGUAAAUGACUAUAUGGACAACAGUUGGAUGUUCAGCAGUAUUUUAUAAAGGAAGAAUGGCUCUCAGAGUACUUCUGUACUGCAACUGUGCCCUAUGCUGUAACACAUGGAAAAGACUUUCACAUGGACCUUUGUACACUGAAGGCAUUAUAUCAGUUGGAACAAAUCUUCAUUUUGGUAUCCAAACUUUUAUUCAUUUUGGUGUAUUAUUUGUAAAUGGGCAUUUGUAUGUUAUAAUGAAAAAAAAAAAAAAGAACAAUGUAGACUGGAUGGAUGUUUGAUCUGUGUUGGUCAUGAAGUUGUUUAAAAAAAAAAAAAGAAAAGGAGGAAAGAAAAAAAAAAAGAAGCCAUGAUCAACAAGCUUUGCCACGAAUUUAAGAGUUUUAUCAAGAUAUAUCGAAUACUUCUACCAAUCUGUUCAUAGAUUAUGGAUUGAUGUUCCAAGUUUGUAUCAUUCCAUUGCAUAUAAUUAAACCUGGAACAAUACGCACUAGAUUUAUGUAAGAAAAAUAUCUGUUGGUAUUUCCAAAGGUUGUUAACGGCUGAAGCUAUGUGCAAACAGGGGUUAAGAGAGAGCUUCGAUGAAGAAAAGAGUUUGAUAGAUAAAAGGUAGAUUGUGUCUUCGAUAUAAUCCAAUUUGUUUUAUGUCGAAAUGUAAGUAUUUGUCUUCCCUAGAAAUCUCCCAGAAUGAUUUCUAUAAUAAAGUUAAUUUCAUUUAUAUUUGACAAGAAUAUUCUAUAGAUGUUUUAUACACAUUUUCAUGCAUCAUACGUUUCUUUUUUGGUCGGCAAGAGUUAAUUGUUCUUAGAUAUAGUUGUACUACUGUUCACAGUCCAAUCAUCUUUGUGCAUCUAGAAUUCAUUCCUAAUCAAUUAAAAGUGCUUGCAAGAGUUUUAAACUUAAGUGUUUUGAAGUUGUUCACAACUA